UUGAUCAACAUUAAUUUUUUUAGGCCGAAUGAACGCUCGCCGCAAAGGGACCAAUCCAUUAGACAAAGUAUACAGGGAAAUUGCCUUAUUAAAAAAGCUCGACCAUCCUAAUGUAGUUAAACUAGUCGAAGUCUUAGAGGAUCCAGACGAAGACCAUUUAUAUUUAGUUUUUGAGCUAUUAGAAGGAGGGGAAGUCAUGCAGGUACCUGGAGAUCCACCCAUGUCUGAAUCAAAAGCCAGAGCUUACUUUAGAGACAUACUAAUGGGUCUCGAAUAUCUGCACUUCCAGCGAAUUGUACACAGAGAUAUCAAACCUUCAAACUUGUUGAUCGGUGCAAACGGGCACGUGAAAAUCGCUGAUCUGGGCGUUUGCAACGAAUUUGAAGGGACAAACGAUUUGCUUAGUUCAAGUGCAGGCACUCCGGCUUUCACGGCACCUGAAGUGCUCGACCUUACAACGACCACGUACAGCGGAAAAGCGUUGGACAUGUGGGCUCUUGGAUGUACACUAUACGCAUUUGUUUACGGCAAAUUACCAUACGACGCGGAUUCGGUUCUGACUGUCCACGAACAAAUCCGUACGCAGCCGGUACAGUGGCCCGUCGAACCCGAAACAUCACCACAACUGGUGCACCUACUCCAUCGGUUGCUGGACAAAAAUCCCGACACCAGAAUCACACUGCCGGCUGUCAAACAACACGACUGGGUGACCAAAAAUGGAGCCGAGCCUUUACCCACCGAGCAAGAAAACUGCGAGUUGAUCGAGGUCAGUGAAGAAGAGAUGAUGAACGUCGUCAAGUCCAUACCAAAGCUCAACACUCUGAUACUCAUCAAAGCUAUGUUGAAGAAUCAUUCAUUUCUUAACCCGUUUGCUGCCGAAGACCAAAAACGCAAACUACAACCAUCUCACAGAUCACAUUCAGCGCCUGGAGCUUGUACUUGGUUUGGAGCGAGAUCAUUAUCCUCAUCAUCAGAAACAACGACUCUUCAGCCUGUAGUAGAAAAUGCGGCCAACGAAAAAUAGUAAAAUCUUCAAUUACUGCACUAAUGAUAAAUAUUAAAACUGUUUAGAGUAUAAUGUUAGAAUCUUCACAUGCGCUUUAUUAUAUUUAUAUAUUCAUGUAAAGUUUAAUAAAUUAUGUUGACAAUGUAUUGUAAUGUGAUUCAUGUGCAAUUUUUAUCAUAUAACUUCUUCAUACUUAAACAAUGAUAAGUGAUAAUUGUAAUUUAUUUAUUUGUUUUUGAGAUAAUAGAAAGUCUUGAUUACUAUUUUCUACUUACAUAAGUGUAUUUUGACAUUUUUUAUGAAAAGAAAAAUAUAUGUAUUUUUUUAAUUAAA